ACCAAGCAGGAGCAGGACCUCAGCAUUUUUACUUUUUAAUACAAAUGGAGAAACAUGAAGAUAUUCAAUACUGUUUUCAGGACAGAAACUCUUCUUGCAGAAAGGCUUUGCUAUCAACAUCUAUCUACAUAACACUGUACAUCUUCUUCUCAUUGAUUUCAGCAGUUACAGUAUUUUUGAACGUACUGGUGAUCAUCUCCAUCUCUCACUUCAAGCAGCUCCACACUCCAACCAACCUGCUCAUCUUCUCUCUGGCUGUGUCAGAUCUCCUGGUUGGACUGAUUGUGAUACCAGUAGUGACUGUAGCAAUAAUGGAAUCAUGCUGGGGUUUUGGGGAAUAUUUCUGUGCGUUUCAAUUCUACAUCUCUUUUUUAUGUACUUCCUUAUCUCUGGGUAAUUUGGUCCUUAUAUCUAUUGACCGCUAUGUUGCUGUGUGUGAUCCCUUAUUGUACCACUCUAGAAUAACAAUAAGAAGAAUGAUGUGUUUUAUUUCCAUUACCUGGUGCUGUUGUAUCAUAUAUGAUGCUGUCAUUAUAAAAAACGUUGUAAAUGUACAGACACCCGGUAGGUGUUUGAAAGAAUGUUUUAUUGUUGAAGGAAAAACCUGGGUUAAUAAUAUAAUUUACAUUGCAAUUACAAUGGCUGUCCCGUGCUCUAUUAUUAUAACACUUUACAUGAAAAUCUUUUUGGUGGCCAGAUCACAGGCCAGAAAGGUAUUUUCAAAACAGGCUGCCAGUGUGUCUGGUGUUAAAACUGUACAGGCAAAUAAGUCUGAGAGAAAAGCAGCAAAAACUCUAGGUAUUGUUGUUGUCAACUAUUUCAUUUGUUGGAUUCCAUCUUUAUUUGUUUACUUUUUUUCCUCUUUUUUAAUUGAAAUUUUCUCAUCAUAUUUCAUCAGCUUUCUGCCACUUGUUAAUUCCUUAAUUAAUCCAAUAAUUUAUGCUUUCUUUUAUCCUUGGUUCAAAGUGACAGCUAAACUUAUUUUAACUCUGAAGUUAAGGCGUUCAUAGUUCCUACGUUUUAUUCCAACAUUUGACUAACAUAGAUUUGCCAUAGUUAUGUAAUACAAUUGUUGUAAUUGCUUCUUUCAUGUAACAAUACACUGACGUGACUUAUCUCAGUGUUUUCAUCAUAGGUACAUGUGGUGUUGAUACAGAAUGAUUUGGCUGGAUUGAAUUGGAGAACGCAUAAGAAGGGAUAAGCUUUUUUGAAAUAAAAGACAUUAGUCAUUUUGGGUUGUAUAUUUGAAAUACCAAAGCCUGUGUUUGUCUCCUAAAAGUAUAUUCUGACGAGGUUAUGAGUCAUUCUAUAUCUUGUUUAACAUCACCAUCUAGUGGCUGAAUUGGGACACAAUGCCUUUAACAAGUGUAUUGAAGUUGAAUUGUUCAAUAUUGCACAAUAUCAGAUAAUGUCCAAGUCCAUCUCAAUGGUGUAUUGUGUAAGUAGUUGAGGGUAAAAUGCGAGAAUAUACAAUUA